AUGAGUUCCGACUACUCAUACGAUAACGAGGCCCAAUUCUUCCCCUUCUUCAUACUCACCCUCAGCGGCCUCGUUACGCUCCCCUUGACAUACUCCCUCCUCCGCUCCAGCAGCGACAGCGGCAACCAGGCGCAGGCCAUCAAGACCGACUACAAGCAAAAACAUGCCGACGUCGUCGACGCGCUGCGGGCAAAGCAGAAGCGCAAGCAGCGCAGGAUCACGCGCGCCAUCGUUGCGCUCGGCGGCUGGGCCCUUAUGGGCGCCAUGGCCUACCUUAUCAUGACGACGACGCCCGUCGUCAACAAGAUCUGGAAUCCUUAUGACAUCCUCGGCAUCUCAGACUCCUUGAACGAAAAGCAAAUCAAAUCCCACUACAAGAAAUUAUCCGUCAAAUUCCACCCCGACAAGGUCCGCCCCGACCCCGCCAAGAACGAGACGGCCGAGUCCAUGAACGACCACUACGUCGAGCUCACCAAGGCCUACCAAGCGCUCACCGACGAGGAUGUCCGCAACAACUACAUCCAGUUCGGCCACCCCGACGGCAAGCAGAGCUUCAGCAUCGGCAUCGCCCUGCCCCAGUGGAUCAUCUCGGACGGCAACGGCAAGUAUCUCAUCCUCCUCUACACCGGUCUCCUUGGCAUCCUCCUCCCGUAUGUCGUCGGCUCAUGGUGGUACGGCACGAUGCGCCGCUCCAAGGAGGGUGUCCUCAUGGAGAGCGCCAACAACUUGUUCCGCCAGUACGACGAGACCAUGGACGAGGGCGGCAUCAUCAGCGCCCUCUCCGCCGGCAAGGAGUACGACCAGGUCCUCAAGGGCGAUCUCGCCGAGUCGGGCCUAUCCAAGAUUGAGUCGCGCAUCACCGCGGCCGGCGAGGCGUCGCCCUUUGCGGCCGGCUUCGCUGUCAAGGACAAGCAGAAGCUCGAGGACCUCGACAACGGCGUGCGCCGCAAGACGCUGGCCCUUCUCUGGGCCUACCUCGGCCGCGUCGAGCUCGACGACGCCGCGCUGACCAAGGCCAUGUACGAGAUUGUCCCCAUCGCCCGCACCCUCAACCAGUCCUUUGCCGCCAUCGCGCUCGCCUACGGAAACAUCGGCCCCAUUGCCGGCUCAUUCCUCGCCAACCAGCACCUCAUCCAGGCCAUGCCGCCCAAGGCCUCGCCGCUCCUCCAGCUCCCCCACUUCACGCCCAAGAUCGCCAUGGAGGUCGAGGGCGACUCCAAGACGCACAUGACGGUGCAGCAGUUCAUGGACCUCCCCGAUGCGCAGCGCCGCCAGCUGGCCGUCGGCAAGGGCCGCCUCACCGAGGAGCAGUACAAGACGAGCGUCGCCGUCGGCAAGCAGAUCCCCUACCUCCGCGUCGCCAAGGCCUUCUUCAAGGUGACGGGCGAGCGCUGCAUCAUCCCCUCGUCGCUCGUCAGCCUUGUCAUCAAGGGCCGCUUCAUCCCGCCCGGCACCGAAAAGGUCCCCACCGUUGACGAGCUGGACCUCGAGGACGUGGACCCGGCCGAGGACGACCUCGAGGCGCUCAUGGGCCGCAAGAAGAAGACGAUCAAGGGCCCCGACGGCAAGCCCGUCUCGGUCGAGGAGCAGACGGUCACGCCGCCCCAGGUCUUUGCCCCCCACUACGCCCGCGUGCAGACGCCCAAGUGGUACGCCUUCCUCAGCGACUCCAAGCAGGGCAAGCUCGCCGUCCCGCCCUUUAUCUUUGACGAGUUUGACCAGCCCAUCUUUGACGAGAGCGGCAAGCCCACGUUUGCCAUGCAGACGCUCAAGGCGCAGUUUGCGGCCCCGCCCCAGGCCGGCCACUACACCUUUGUCAUGCACGUCGUCUGCGACUCGUACGUCGGCUUCGACACCAAGAUGGAGGUGACGCUCGUCGUCGAGGAGGCGAGCAAGGCGGCCCAGAUUGAGGCCGAGGAUGAGAUAUCCGAGCCAGAAGAGGAUUCUAUUGCUGGUCAGAUGCACGCCAUGAAGACUGGACAGGCUCCCCAACCGAAGAGACGGAAGCAGCAGCAGCAGCAGCAGCAAGUAGACGAGGACGACUCGGACGAGGAGAGUGGCACAGACGACGACGCCAACGACACGAGCGAUACCAACACGGACACUGAGGACGAAUCAUAG